CAUACAUUAUCUUUCAUGGCCACUUAUGCUUUUGGGCAAGCAUGCCAUUAGUAAAAGCCAAAGAGAGCCAACAAUGGUGCUAUGACCGCAUGAGAGAACAACAUGCAAAUUAGCCUAACUCCACUUGCUUCCAUUUACUACCUCUAUAUAAUCUGACUCUCCACCUUAUGUGCCCUCAAGCCAAGCAUUGAGAGGGAAAGAUGAUUCUCCACUCUACUCCUUUAGUAAAAAUGAUUUCCCAUGUAUUCCUACUGUGUUUGAUGGCUUCAAUCAGUUCAAUGGCAUCCACAAUACAAUCCUCUUCACCUCCUUCCGAAGAGUCAAAGACAUACAUAGUCCACAUGGACGAAACCAAGAUGGCAACUCUUCAGAGCUCUCUCGCCGGAUCAAAGAAAUGGCAUGAAGCCGUGUUCGACUCCAUACUCGAACUCUCAGCUCAAGAAGCACGAGAAGAAGAAGGAGAAGCAUCAUCUCCACAGCUCCUCUACGCCUACAACACAGUGCUUUCAGGUUUCUCCGCCAAGCUCUCACCCAAGCAAGCAUCAUCCCUUGAAAAGAUUGAUGGUUUCCUAUAUUCAUUUCCUGACGUGCUACUAAACCUCCACACCACACACACCCCACAAUUCCUCGGCCUAAAACCCGGCGCAGGGCUUUGGUCACAGUCGAGCAUGGCGUCCGAUGUGAUCAUCGGCGUCAUCGACAGUGGCAUAUGGCCGGAACAUGAGAGUUUCCAAGGCAAUCACUUCUCUCCAAUCCCAAAGAACUGGAAAGGCAAAUGUGAAGCCGGCACCAAUUUCUCAUCCAACAACUGCAACAGAAAACUCAUCGGAGCUACAGCUUUUUGGAAAGGCUACGAGGCGUCCGGUGGAUUCAUCAAUGAAACCACAGAGUUUAAGUCUGUAAGGGACUCUGAAGGACAUGGCACGCACACUGCAUCCACUGCGGCAGGCAAUCUCAUCUCCGGCGCUAGUUUGUUUGGUAAUGCCAAAGGAUCAAUGACUGGGAUGAGAUACACUGCAAGGGUGGCCGCUUACAAAGCUUGCUGGUCCACCGGCUGUGCUAACUCUGACGUACUAGCAGCUGUGGAUCGAGCAGUGGCGGAUGGUGUGAAUGUGUUGUCUCUCUCUCUUGGAGGAGGUCCUCAGGAUUACUACGCCGAUAGCAUUGCUAUUGCCACCUUUGGAGCUAUCCAAAAGGGUGUCUUUGUCUCAUGCUCUGGUGGAAACUCCGGGCCCUCGGCUUUCACAGUGAGUAAUGCUGCACCAUGGAUCACUACAGUCGCCGCAAGUUAUAUUGACAGGAGUUUCCCAACUCUUGUCACUCUCGGUGAUGGCCGGACUUUCAAAGGUGCUUCUCUGUAUGUAGGAAAGCCAACCAAACAACUGCCUUUAGUUUACGGAUCCAAUGCUGGAGGUGAAGAUGCAGAGUAUUGCCAAAGUGGCACCCUCACCAGGAAAUUAGUUCAAGGAAAGAUGGUCCUCUGUGACAGAGGUUUCAACGGUCGAGCAGAGAAAGGGGAGAACGUUAAAUUCAACGGAGGUUUAGCAAUGCUUCUCUUGAACUCUGAGGAUGACGGCGAGGAACUCUUGGCUGAUACCCAUGUUCUUCCUGGUUCUUCACUCGGAGCUACAGCAUCAGCAGCCAUUAAGAAAUACAUUUCUUCUUCUAAGAACCCAACUGCUAUGAUAAAAUUCCUCGGCACGGUGUAUGGCGACCCUGCUCCGAUAUCAGCAGCAUUCUCAUCCAGAGGGCCGAACAUUAUGAGUGAGGACAUCAUUAAACCGGACGUGACCGCGCCGGGCAUGAACAUACUAGCUGCAUGGCCACCUUCUCUGAGUCCAACUCUUCUUGCCAGUGAUAAAAGACAUGUUUCUUUUAACAUAAUCUCAGGUACAUCCAUGUCCUGUCCUCAUGUCAGUGGAUUGGCUGCACUUCUUAAAUCCGUUCACUUUAACUGGUCCCCGGCUGCAAUCAAAUCAGCACUAAUGACAACAGCUUACACUGUCAACAACCGCAACAGUUCCAUAAUUGACAUAAGUUCAGGCUCUCCGGCCACACCGUUUGAUUUUGGCUCCGGACAUGUUGACCCGGAGAGAGCUUCAAAUCCAGGGUUGGUCUAUGAUAUUACUCCCAAUAACUAUCUGGAAUAUCUCUGUAGUCUGAACUACACAUCUAAGCAGAUGUCUGCGUUUGCCAGAAGAACCUACAGAUGUUCCAAAAGAAGUGUUAGACCAGCUGCCCAAUUGAACUACCCUUCAUUCUCUGUUCUGCUUAGCAGUGAUAAGCCCAAUUCAGUGUCGACACACACAAGGAUUGUGACCAAUGUUGGUGCUGCACGGUGCAAAUACACUGUUCAAGUGCGCCAACCAAAUAAGGUGACUGUGAAUGUAGUGCCCAAAGUGUUGGACUUCUCUAAGAUUGGGCAGAAGCUGAGUUACAAGGUAACCUUUGUAGGUAAUGGUCGUAAGGGACAGAGUGGUUAUUCAUUUGGCCACUUGAUUUGGACAUGCAAUGAAUUCACUGUUCGAAGUCCUAUAGCAGUUGCAUGGCAGUAGUGAUAGAGUUGAUGCAGUGGGAGAGGAACUGAACUUAAGUCUUAAGUGUUAAUUUUUAGCACUAGAAUAGUUCUAGUUAAUCACCGUUUAGCACUGAUUAACUCCAAAUAAAAAGCAUUGACUAUAUUUAAGAAGAACAUUGACAUGGUCAUUCCAGUUUGGUUUGAUGAUCAUGGUUGUUUGGUGGCAUGUUUUGGUGAAAUUAAUCUGUAUUGACUUUGACUAACAUGUUUAACGUUUUUA